CUAUAAGCUAUCAAUCGCGGCGCACUGUUGCUUGCGGGUCUUGAGCAUUCACAGACAAGCUCGUGCCAGACGUACAGGGAAGGCUCCCACGAAGCUUGCCCAAUCGACCCUAACAGUUGAUCCACUGCUAUUCGGCGGACACAACCCUACCAUGGACAAGACAUCUACGCAACCAGCAGAGAUGCCGUCCCGGUCAAAGGAGAACAUGGCGCAAAUGGCCUCUGUAGGAGUUCGGGAUUACGGCGAAGGAACCUCGCCUACUCAGGACAACACGCAAGCGCGUACCUUCCUGGAGGGGGCUUCCCAAAUGCAUCUCCGAUCUACGCAAAGUCUGCCAUGUGGUGCUGCUGUACUGCUCGAGCCGUCGAUACGGGCUAGCGGACUACACAGCCUGGUUACGAUGCAUGGCCGUCCCACUGCCAACACAACUCCAUUUACCAACUUCUCCAUACCUUCUCUCGGGCCACCUUCCGAAGAGUGCACCGACGGGACUCGAGCCACUCUCGCUGUGGUUGCCUUAUCAGACGGACCAUCUCAGUCCGUCGAGCCCGCCGACGAACCCUUCCUAACUGCGAGCCACACUAUCAUAUCUCUCCCUACCACAGCAUCCCCUCUCCCAAGCACAUUGUUUUUGCCAUAUGCAUAUGCUCCUCCGGCGGUGGGCAAGCUGGCCCCACCCGGACGAGGCGCUUGGUUUCGCACGACUUGGCAACGUAUAGUCGACAAACUAUCUCAAUCGUCGAAUCGGCAACUGUCGCGGGCCACACAUAUGCCAGCUGGCUCUUAUCCACCGCCGCGGUUUGAGCGCACCAUUGACCUCAAUCUGACGCAGUUAAACGGCGAAAUCUAUAAGUGCUCCGCGAGGGCAUUGAUCGACAUACAUAGUCCCUGUAAUCUCAUCAGCGCUUCCAUGAUCGAGGGUUUUCCUCCUCUCGUCUAUGAAUCGACCGAACGAAAAUGUUACGCUCGAACUCCAGCUGGAUUGGCAUAUUCGAAUGGACGCGUCAAGGCCAGAUGGCACUGUGAAGAUCGGGCGAACUUCGAUCCUACUUUCGAGGAGGCAGAAUUCUGGGUCAUGGAACACGAUAUCGGCUGUGACAUCGUACUGGGCGAACCGACCAUUCGAGAACAUCGUCUUCUCCAGCCUGAGUCCUGGAUACCCCUGGCAGUUCCCAUGGGUUGUCAUACGCGCCAAAUUCAAGUUGAACGCAGCAGCAUCUCUUCGAGAGAUGCUUCAGCUGAGCAGGUACGUCAGAACGAGUAUCGUCUGAUGGGGCAGUCUAGUUCGUACGAGGUUCGUUGCCAAUGGCUACUGAGGUGCCUCGCUGACAUACAACCACAGCAACAACGCCACGCUUAUGCGCACGGCCAAGCGCAUAACUACGUCAGGAUGGCAUACGAUAACCUGUAUGCUGCCAGGUAUGAAGAGGCGAAGCGGGAGUUCGACAAACUGUCAUAUCGAGGGCGAUGAGAUCAAGCCUCCAGGGCAGCAACAAUAUGUGAUCGAAUACGAUCAUUGUAACGUCCGCGUAGUCCAGAGUCUUCGGAACACUUUCGAUAUUUCUGGAGCAUCGCAUUGCUUCCACGCAUGGUCGGUUCCAUCGGCUGAGUGUGUCGCCACAUCAGUGUGGCCUGCAUCUUUUGCUUUCA